AUGACAACACUUGCUCCUCUCAUUACCGUUUUUGGAGCUACGGGGAACCAGGGUGGCGCCGUUGCGCGAUCACUGCUGAAAAAUCCAUCCUUCAGAGUUCGUGCCCUGACACGAAACCCAACUUCAGAUGCCAGUAAGGCCCUUGCUGCUAUCGGUGCGGAAGUGCAUCUAGCAAAUGGAUUCGACAUGCAGGCUAUGGUGGAUGCCUUCUGUGGAUCGUGGGGUAUAUUUGUAAAUAUUAAUUCUGAUGACAAGGCAUUUAGGGUUGAUGGAUCCACAGAAUUCGAUAUGGGCAAGAUAAUUACGGAUGCAGCAGCUGAAGCCGGUGUCAAACACAUCAUAUUUAGCUCUGGUCCCAGCUGCACAGAGCUCACGGGGGGCAAGGUCAGGAUGAAGGCCAUGGACAUGAAAUAUAAAAUUGAACAGUACAUCCGAAAUAAGAGUGUCUUCGAAACUGUCAGCUUCAUUGGCGCUGCCUGGUUCCUAGAAAACUUUUUGGCAAAAGAGGUUGCACCUAUUUUCGGAGGCUUUCCCCAUCAGGUAGAUUUCGAUGGAUUUCUCACUUUUGUUGUCCCCAGAUGGGGUGGAAAAGAGGACGUUCCCUUCAUCAGCAUGUCUGAUGAUUUCGGGGAUAUUGUGCACGGAAUGUUCCUUGACCCGAUGCAGUGGGAUGGAUGCAUCGUUCAUGGCUGCAGUGAUAUUUGCAGCUUUGACGACGUUGUAGCGACUUUUGAGAAAGUGACGGGCCGCAAAUCUCGUUUCCAACCAUUACCAUCUUGGGAAGCGUUUAACACGCACGGGGUAGCUGAGCUUGAAGAUACCAAGCUGAUGUUCGGAUUUACCCAGCUCACAGGGGGCCGUUAUUUCGGUCCGGAGCCGUCUGAGAAUGAGACUGCAGCCAGGCUAAAGCGCACAACGGCGAUAGCACUAGGGCGGCCAAAAGAGGAGCAGAAGCUGAGCUCAGUAGAGGAAUGGUUCCGGCAGCGUUUUGUGUGA